AUGAUCGCCUCAAUUAUUUCUCUGCUGGUAGCCGCAGUUGCUCUGCUUGGAGGUCAAGCGGCUGCAUACAACCGCCGGUUCAUCGAAAAUUCUUCAGAUACGGAGCAGGUCAUCAUUUCUGGCGCUUCUUCCUUCAAUGGCCUCAAUCUUGUUCCUCAAAUGGGAUGGAACAACUGGAAUGCCUUCCAGUGCAACGUGAGUGAGAGUCUGCUGCUUGACACUGCAGAAGCAAUGGUGAACUUCGGCCUUAAGGACCUUGGAUACAACUACAUCGUUCUGGACGACUGCUGGUCUAUUGGACGCAAUGAGAGCGGUUACCUCAUUCCAAAUCCGUUAAAAUUCCCCAACGGGAUGAAAUACAUUGCAGACAAACUUCACAGCAUGGGUAUGAAGUUCGGCAUGUACUCCUCUGCUGGUGUGUUUACCUGCGGCAGGUAUCCUGGCUCCCUCGGCUUCGAACAGCAAGAUGCGGACCUAUGGGCUAGUUGGGAUGUCGACUAUCUGAAGUACGACAACUGCUUCAACCAGGGUCAAUCUGGAACACCUCAAAUAUCCUUCAAUCGAUACAACGUUAUGUCUCAAGCCAUAAAUAAGACAGGUAGACCGAUGAUAUACAGCUUGUGUAAUUGGGGUAAUGACGACCCAUACGAUUGGGCAUAUACGAUUGCGAACUCUGGGCGCAUGUCAGGGGACAUCUAUGACCAGUUCAACCGGCCAGACUCUCGCUGUCCCUGUACGGAAGCUGUUGGAUGCGCAUGGCCAGGAUUUCACUGCUCUGUCAUGAACAUUCUCAAUAAGAUGGCCGCCAUCCAAUCACGAACCAUGUCUGGCUACUUCAACGAUAUGGACAUGUUGGAAGUGGGCAACGGAGGGCAAUCCGACUCGGAAUAUGUUGUUCACUUCUCAAUGUGGGCAAUGCAUUCUUCCCCUCUCUUGAUUGGCACCAAUGUCCUCACUCUCUCUCCCGCCAACCUCGCCAUCCUUUCAAAUCCUGCCAUCAUCGCUCUCAACCAGGACCCUUCCGCUAGCGCAGCCAUUAGGAAAUGGCAAUAUUUCAUUGACCCAGACGAAACAGGCCAAGGCGAGAUCGCGCUGUGGACCCGUCGCCUUGCCAAUGGUGAUCAAGUCAUCGCUCUCCUCAACGCAGCCAACUCGACCAUGAAGAUGAAUGCCACCAUGAACGAGAUCUUCCUCGACCCACGCACUGCGGGUGCAUAUCAUGAGCCAGAGGAACUUCGCAAAACGUGGGAUGUGUACGAUCUUUGGGCGAACCGCCUAAGUGAAUCAGAAGCUUCUGCCAUCAUUAACAGUACACCGAUGAUCGGUAUCACAAACAUGAACAGCACGAAGACCCCGAGGGCUACGAGGUACAAUGCCACUACUACAAGCUAUGCGGAUGGACUAAAGAACAAUGAUACUGCUCUUCUUGGUCAAAAGGUUGGAAGCAUUGAGCCUCGCGGGACGUGGGUCGCCGAGAUCCCGCGACAUUCAGUGGGCAUGUAUCGGCUGAGGGCGAGGCCGACAACGCGCAUGCGGAAGCGGGAUGAGUUAUAUUAA